UCGUCCUAUCAGUGCUUCCUAGAGAUCCUAGGUCCGGCCAGAUCACCGCAUUUCCGCGGCACGGAGUGUCUUCUAGACUCUCUCAGAACCCGGUAAUCGAGAUGAUGAUGCAUCUCCUGGAUCAUAUGCCAGAGGAUCGGCCAGUUAGAGACACAGACUCCAUUCCUUUGUCGAAAGGGACUUCAGGUAAGAAUGUAAAGGCCCAGUCACGCUUGGGCAAGAUGAACCGAGAGAAACUGAACUACAGACCCUUUCAACUCCAUGAAGAUCCCAUGGUGGUGAAGGAACUCUCUCCAAAGCAACGAGAUAAAAGCAGAAGGCCAAGGACGAACAUGAAGCGGUCCACCACUACCCAACCAGACCUACGGACACUUGCUGUGCUCCAGGAGCCUGUGAGGAAGAGGCCGCCGUGGGCCUCAGCGUCCCUGCGCUCCUUGGUGACCCCUGGCGCCCAGGUUCCUAGGAGGAAAGCGCGUAUGCAGCGCCAGUGUCCCUCGACCGCAGCAGGCGGUACACAGUCUCGAGUCCACGUGGGACGCAGACCUGACUUUUCAGGGCCAAAUGACAGACGCAGCCACACAGCCCCUCCCACAUUUAAGGACUAUGCGAUGGAUGAAAACCCCAGCAUGGAAGUAACCAGUGAGCCCAGCCAACUUACUCAUAUUGUGACUACUGACUCUACACAUGCGGAAGAGACCCCCAGGUCUCCUGAGAAAAUGUCCAACGUUGAAAAGCUUGAACAGAGAAGCUCACUGGAGUGUGCUCAGAAGGCUGCAGAACUUCGCGCUACCAUUAAAGAGAACGUGGAGCUGAUUCGACUUAAGAAGCUCUUAUACGAGAGGAGUGCCUCGCUGGCAGCCACAGAAGCCCAGCUGACACGAGUUCAAGAGGCAUAUGAAGACUUGCUCCAGAAGAAUCAGGGAAUCUUGGAUGCAACCCAUGAUGCCUUCCUCAGCCAAGUGCAUGAGCUCAAAGCAGAACUGAGUGAAGAGAGCAAGAAGGCUGUGAGCUUGAGGACCCAGCUGGGAGAUGUGUCUAUCCUGCAGACAACUCUGAAGGAGUUUCAGGUCAGAGUUGAAGAUUUGGAAAGUGAACGAAAACUGCUGAGUGACAGUUAUGACAGACUCUUAGAAAACAUGCUAGAGAGCAGUCAUCAGCCUCUGGAGAGCAGUCAUCAGCCUCACUGGAACAGGGAGCUCAUGGCGGAGCAGCUCCCACAGCAAGUCUGUCCACUGCUGGACCAAGUAGGCGCUGAGCUGGAGGAGACCAAAGUCUUGCUUCAAGUAACCAACCAAGUAGCUCAAGAUGAACAGUUGACGUUUCAAGUCACCAGCAUCCUUUGCCAGCAUAAACAGGAAGAAGAGAGCCUUCAGUCAACAGCCACCAUACCCCUGUUUCCAGAAGAGUUGUUUGAACUGGCUGUUCAGCCCACCCUACUCGCACAGACAGUUCAGAGAGAGGCCAGUGAACCAAGAGUACAAGAGGAGAGCAGCCUGUCCCAGGUGCUGAGUGAGCUGCAAGUGUCACACGCAGAGACCGCACUGGAGCUGGAGAAAACCAGAGACAUGCUUCUUCUGCAGCGCAAGAUCAACUUGUGUUAUCAGGAGGAGCUGGAGGCAACGCUGACAAAGGCUGACAAGGAAAAUAGGGACCACGAAGAGACGAUGGAGAGGCUGACUCACCUCCUAGACUUCAAGAACAGCCGCAUAAUGCAGCUGGAAGGUAUUUUAAGAAGUCACGGCCUUCCAACAUCUGAGCAGCUCAAAGACGUUGCUUAUGGCACUCGGCAACCAUCGCUGUGUCUGGAGUCCCCGGCAGCCCACAGAGGCGAGGAUGAAGUGGACAUGUCUCUGCUGCAUCCAAGCGAGAACCUUUUUGAGCUACACAUCCACCAGGCCUUCCUGACCCCCGCUGCCCUCAUACAGGCUGGGGAUGCGCAGCCUACCACUUUCUGCACUUACUCCUUCUAUGAUUUUGAAACUCACUGCACCCCACUCUGUACUGGGCCACAGCCUCUCUAUGACUUCACCUCCCAGUAUGUAGUGCAGACCGACUACCUCUUCCUGCACCACCUUCACGGAACCUCAGUACGGCUUGACCUCCAUCAGGCCAUGGCUAGUGAGCACCAGGUCCUUGCUACGGGAUGGAUUUCAUUGGACAAGGUGCUAGAGACUGUGGAGCGAGUCCAUGGCUUGGCCACACUUACUGGAGCUGGCGGAGAAGACUUGGGGGUGUUAGAAUACUGGAUGAGGCUGUGCUUGCCCCUAAAAUCCAGCCUCCAGGCAUGCAAUAAGCGAAAGAAAGCCCAGGCCUACCUGUCAGUCAAUGUGCUUGGAGGUUGGAAGGCACAGAAUGAUGAGUCCAGAUCCGAAGCCUGGGCACCUCAGAAUGAGCUGCGGAUUGAAAUCACCAGGUGCUGCGGCCUCCGGAGUCGAUGGGGAGGAAGGCAGCCCAGCCCGUACGUCAUGUAUCGCUUCUUCACCUUUCCCGACCAUGCCACCACUGUCAUUCCGGCCAGCAGUGACCCGUACUUUAAAGACCAGGCUCUGUUCCCCGUGCCUGUGACCUCUGACCUGGACGAGUACCUGAGGCGGGAAGCUCUGUCUCUAUAUGUUUUUGAUGAUGAAGACCCAGAGCCUGGCUCCUUUCUCGGCCGAGUCCAGGUGCCCUUGCUGCCUCUUGCACAAAACAAAUCUCUCAAAGGUGAUUUCAACCUUACAAACUCUGGGGAGAUGUCCAAUGGCUCCAUCAAAGUGCAACUAGACUGGAAGUCUCACUAUCUGCCCCCAGAGAGCCUCCAGAUGUCAGAAGCUGAGAAGCAGGAGGAGGGAGAGAAGGACGAGGUUAAGGAGGAGGAGGUAGAGGAAGAAGAGGAGGAGGAAGAAGAGGAUGAGGAGAAGGAAGAUGAGGAAGAGGAAGGGGAGGAAGAGAAAGAAGAAGAGAAGGAGGAAGAGGAGGAAGAGAAGGAGGAAGAAGAGGAGGAAGAGGAAGAAGAGGAGGAGGAAGAGAAGGAAGAAGAGAAGGAGGAAGAGAAGGAGAAGGAGAACAAAGAUGGCUUGGAGGUCUCAUUCACAGAAGAGCAGACCACUUUUCUUCCCCAGGCUCAGAUAGCAUCUACAGAGAUUCCCAUAGAGGCUGGCCAGUAUCAAGAGAAGAGAAAACCUCCUGUAAUAGCAGAAAGGAAGGAGAAAGAGCAUCAGGUCACAAGCUACUCACGAAGAAAACACAGCAAAAAACCAGGUGUCCAAGGCAAAAACAGAAUGGAAUAUCUGAGCUGUAACAUCUUGAAUGGAGACAUACAGCAGAUGCGUUACACGGAGUGGAAGUUCUCAGGCCUCAAGAUGCACGAGGAUGAUGGUUUGAAAGUGCAGCAGAAGGAAGAGGAAUGGCCAUCACCCCACUCAGCACUGAGACAGGACCAACCCUCACAUUCUAUAAAUGCCUCCUCCCCAGCAGACCAAGAAUCCAGUGAACAAGCUUCUGAAGUCAGUGAAGCACACACUCCUGACAGCGAUGAUAUCGUAGUGACGCCCCAGUCUCAGACGUGUCCUAAAGCUGAUUCAGAGAAGAUGUGCAUUGAAAUAGUCUCCCUGGCCUUCUGCCCUGAGGCUGACGUCAUGGCGGAUGAGAAUAUCCGGCAGGUAUAUGUGGAGUACAAAUUCUGUGAUCUGCCUCUAUCGGAGACAGAGACUCCAGUGUCCCUGAGGAAACCAAGGGCAGGCGAAGAAAUCCACUUCCACUUUAGCAAGGUGAUAGAUCUGGACCCAGUGGAGCAUCAAGACCGACGGCAGUUUUUGUUUGCCAUGCUACAAGCUCAAAAUUCUGAUGAGGGACGUUUAAAGUUUACAGUGGUAAGCGAUCCUCUGGAUGAAGAAAAAAAAGAAUGUCAAGAUAUAGGCUAUGCAUACCUCGAACUGUGGCAGAUAUUUCAAUCCGGAAAAGAUAUCCUAGAGCAAGAACUAGAGAUUGUGAGCCCUGGAAACCAGGCCAUCCAAAUUGGAAGGCUGAAGGUUUCCCUCCAAGCAACUGCUGCCCUCCAUGGCAUUUAUAAGGAGAUGACUGAAGAUCUGUUUUCAUAAGUUCUACUCCACUUUACAAUUUGAGGGAAUCACAGUUCAACGUGUCUUAUAAAAUAACAUGCUAUGCCAUAAAUCUGGUCUCCUGUGCUAUCUUGCUAUCUGUUUCUCAAACUAAUGACGAGGCUUACAACCAUCAGUGAACUUUUAUGGUACUAGUUGAAGACAAAGGCAUUUUCUUCUAACACCUUAACACUUUAGUAGGCAAGACUUCAGAAACUGCAAAGAAAUGGUCAUAAAAGACAAGUUUACAAAAAA